AUGAUGGUCAAAGAUCGUGAAAUCGAAUCCUACAGAAACGAUUCUAAAUCACAGCAUCAAUUAUUCACCAAAGCAGAAAGAGAAAAACUAAUAGCUCCUUAUCUACCUGUGCCGCACGCUAUUUCGUCAAGACAGAGUAAAAAUGUCACAGUAUCAGCGAACAGAAAAGACAAUCCAAAAUUUCGCAUGAGAAUUGGAGCGCAAAAUCUCUUUCGAACGCAACUGCACAUCCUUUGUUUUGCAGUUCUACACAUCUUCUUUUCUAUCUACAUACGGUGUAGAAAAAUCCAGCAUGCAAUAAGGGAUAGGAUACUUGCUAUUCUCUACUAUCAUCAUCAUACGCCAGAACUCAUCCAGAGAGAUGUAAAAGGACUUAACCGCUUGCCCACCCACGUAAGCGUCAUACUACAUCUCGAUGAAGGAAGACGUGGGAUUGUUGGAUUAGAAGCUCUUGUGGAUGAAGUGGCAGAAAUUUCAGCGUGGUGUGCCUGUGCCGGUAUCCCAAUGCUCUCGAUAUAUGAGAAGACUGGUCUUCUCAAAGGCUAUAUAUCAGCUACUCACAGAGCCAUAACUGAGAAAUUAUCAUCAUACAUGGGGAACCAGCAGCCGACUUUAUCACUCCGAGCACCGCAUACAUCUUCUAUUGAAUCACCUAUCAGCACACCACCGAUCGAAAUUUUAAGCUCCACGCAAAUCUUAAAACACAUAUCUGUGCUCCUACUUUCUUCCGAGGAUGGACGAGAUUCCAUUGUUGAUUUGACCAAAACGUUGACAGAGAUGGCGCAGCGCUCUAAGCUCUCUAUGGGUGACGUAAGCAUUGAUUUAGUCGACGCGGAAAUAUCUGAAAGUGUAAUGGGCGAGCCAGAGCUACUAAUUCUUUUCACACCUACUGUUGAACUUUUAGGGUAUCCUGCUUGGCAGAUACGACUCACGGAGAUAUUUCACGUGGAGGACAAUGAAGGAGUCGGGUAUCAGGUAUUUUUACGUGCGUUAUACAGCUACGGAAAUGCGCAGAUGAGGUUUGGAAGAUAG